AGAGAGAGAGUUCGGAGCAUUUUUGAAGUAUUACUGCAAGAUUCAAUCUUUCAUUUAUUUAUUUAUCUGGGUUCUUUGUGGGAGAGAGUUUGGAAUAUAUAUGUAAAGUUUGUGCAAAGGAAGAUCGAUUUGGCUUCAGUUGGAUGCAUGUUCCUGCAGCUUCUUCUUUAUCCGGGUUGAUGAACUGAGAAAAGAAAGGAUCAGAUUGGUGUUUGGUUAGAAGGAAAGCUGAAGUGUUGUAUUUUAAUAAGGAUGGGGAGGUCAUGCCAACCCAAAUGUAGGCUGGGUAGAUUAAUGAGUUGGCUUCAGAUUGUAUUGGGAGGCCUUGUUAUAAUUUUCAGCAUAUGUAGUCUCUUCAAGUUCUACUCUGCAGGGAUUUUCUUGCACAACGAGGACAUAUGCCGACAAUUUUAUGGCGUCAAAGAGGCAUACGAAGGGUUCGACCUAAAAGCUUUGUCUGAUCGAGUAGGGGAAGUGCUAAGUAGAUUGGAAAGCUUACAAGAAAAGCUUGAAUCAGCUAUGCAGCAAAUGGAGAAGAACAAAGUAGACUUGCAUACAACUAAUAUUACAAAAUUGGAGUACAAGAAGUAUCUGGAGGAGGAAGUAAUCAGGCCUCUUUAUAGUGCUCACAUUUCUCUGAGACUGAUUCGGUUACCUAAGCCCGAAGGUAUUAGAAACUCUUCGAUGAAAGAGGAGCCUUUGAUUAACACUUUUGAGAUUGAAGAGAUAAGGAAGUAUAUAACACCAAAGCAGAGUAGAGUUGGGAAGAUUACUAUAUAUGGUACAGAGAGGAUAUUCAAUACAAUUGGACAUGCCUGUGUGUUAUACAAGAAAGAGCUGGAAGAGUACAUGAGCUAUGACAUUGGGUCUUAUUGUAAAGACGAUUGGAACUUAGCACAGAAGCUGAUGCUUAAUGGUUGUGAUCCUUUGCCCCGAAGGCGGUGCUUGACAAGGGCCUCCAUGGUUUACCAGAAGCCUUACCCAAUCAAUGAGUCUCUGUGGAGAUUGCCAGAUGAUAGAAAUGUGAGGUGGAGCAAAUAUCUGUGCAGGAACUUUAAGUGCUUGAUGGGCAAUAACAGGAGGGGUUAUUCUAAGUGUGUCGGGUGUUUUGAAAUGGAGAAGGAAAAACUUAAAUGGGUUACAAACAGCUCCCUUCCCAUUGAUUUUCUGAUCAAUGAUGUGUUGGCUAUUAAGCCGGGGGAGAUAAGGAUUGGUCUUGACUUUGGUAUUGGUACAGGAACCUUUGCUGCAAGGAUGAGGGAACAUAAUGUUACAAUAGUCUCUACUGCUCUUAACCUUGGAGCUCCUUUCAAUGAGAUGAUUGCACUGAGAGGUUUGAUCCCAUUGCACCUAACAUUGAAUCAACGGCUACCAUUCUUUGAUAACAUAAUGGACAUGAUUCAUACCACUGGGUUUCUGGAUGGCUGGAUUGACCUGCAAUUGCUGGAUUUUAUCCUGUUCGAUUGGGAUCGAAUUCUGAGGCCGGGCGGGUUGUUAUGGAUUGACCGGUUCUUCUGUCAAAGAAAGGAUUUGGAUGUCUUCAUGUACAUGUUUCUGCAGCUGAGAUACAAGAAGCACAAGUGGGCUAUUUCUCCUAAAUCAAAGGAUGAGGUCUACUUUUCUGCACUGUUGGAGAAACCUCCAAGAGCAAUAUGAUCAUAUUGUAACAAACUUUCUUCUUCUUGGAAUGUCACACUUACCUAUAGUUUACUAACAUACAUGUUUGGAAGGCUCCAAUCACAUUUGGUGGUA